GCCUUGAGAGACCAGUAGUGCCAAAGGGCAAGGAACUCAUUCCAGGAUUCUGCAGCUUCUGCCGAGUAACUUGUAAGGAGCAUGGGGACAGCAGUGAGAGUGGAGCCCAGGGUCCUGGUCUGGGUGACCUGUCUGCUCCUGGCAUCCCCUGCCACAGCCACUGGACACGGACUCACUCACCCUGAAGUACACACCAGCCUGGGCCAUGUGCGAGGCCGCCAGGUGGGCGUGAAGGGCACAGACAGCCGUGUGAAUGUCUUCUUGGGCAUCCCAUUCGCCCAGCCACCCCUAGGGCCUGACCGGUUUUCAGCCCCACACCCAGCAGUGCCCUGGGAGGGGGUGCGGGAUGCCAGCACCGCGCCCCCCAUGUGCCUGCAGGAUGUGGAGAGAAUGAACAACCACAGAUUUGUGCUCAAUGGGAAGCAGCGGAUCUUCCCUGUUUCAGAAGACUGCCUGAUUCUCAACAUCUACAGCCCAGCUGGGGCCACGGCAGGGGACAAGAAGCCGGUCAUGGUAUGGAUCCAUGGGGGAUCUCUCAGUGUGGGUGCUGCCACUUCCUACGAUGGAUCUGCCCUGGCAGCCUAUGGGGAUGUGGUCGUUGUCACAGUCCAGUACCGCCUCGGAGUGCUUGGCUUCUUCAGCACUGGGGACCAGCACGCACCUGGCAACCAGGGCUUCCUAGAUGUGGUGGCUGCUCUCCACUGGCUUCAGGCAAACAUCAGCCCCUUUGGAGGUGACCCCAACUGUGUCACCAUCUUUGGUGAAUCUGCUGGUGGCCUGAUUGUCUCUGCUCUGGUCCUGGCCCCCAUGACUGCAGGGCUAUUCCACAGAGCCAUUGCACAGAGCGGGGUCAUCACCACCCCAGGGUUUCUGGAUUCUAACCCAGGACGCCUAGCUCAGGACAUGGCAGACGCCUUGGCCUGUGGCUCCAGCUCCCCAGCUGAGAUACUGCAGUGCCUUCGGCACAAGGAAGGAGAAGAGCUGAUCCUGACCUGGAAGUGGUCAGUUACUCGGACUGCUUUCACUGUCGAUGGCGUCUUCUUUCCCAAAAGCCCCAAAGAGAUCCUUAAUGAGAAGCAAGUCCACUCUGUGCCUGUCCUUCUGGGUGUCAACAAUGACGAGUUUGCCUGGCUCAUCCCCAGGGGUUGGGGUUUACUGGAUAAGAUGAAGCAGAUGAGCCAGGAGGACAUGAUGGACAUCUUGAGGCCCUUCUUGAUCAGUCUGGUGAGACAAGAGGAUGUACCCCGUGAAAUGACAGCCACCAUCAUAGAUGAAUACACAGACAGAGACUCAGAUGCACAAGCCAAGGCCUUCCGAGAAUUGAUGGCUGACAUAUUGAUCACCUUCCAGACCUUUAAUUUCUCAAGAAACCUCCGAGAUUGUGGGAACCCCACCUUUUUCUAUGAGUUCCAGCAUCGACCCAGUUCUUUUGUGAAGUUCAAACCGGAUUGGGUGAAGGCUGAUCAUGGGGCUGAGACUGCAUUCAUAUUUGGGGGUCCCUUCCUCAUGGAUGAGAGCUCCCUACUGGCCUUUCCAGAGGCCACAGAGGAUGAGAAGCAGCUGAGCCUCACCAUGAUGUCCCAGUGGACCCAGUUUGCCCGAACAGGGAACCCCAGCAGUGAGGGGCUGCCUCCGUGGCCCCAAUUCGACCAAUCGGAACAAUACCUGGAGAUCAACCGGGUGCCACGGGUCAGGCAGAAGCUAAGGGAAGCCCGAAUGAGGUUCUGGGCAGAGACACUGCCUAGGAAGAUCCAGCAAUGGUACCAGAAGCAGAAGGGGAGGAAGGCCCCAGAAGAGCUCUGAGGUGGGGCCUGGACCUUCUGGCUGGGGCCAACCCAAAGGGUGGCAUAUUCCUCCCAAACCCGGGCAGCCUCCUGCCUCCUUCCCACCUCCCACUGAGAGACUUUAACAUACAUUGGCUGACCUAGGCUUGUGUCCUUGAAAGCAUCAACCACUGUAUGACUGGCA